AUGUUAAGCAUCAACUUCUCGACUCCCCUCGCGGGAGCGGCUCGAUCAGAGAGAAUCAAGCAGAUGACCAACAACCACUCUCUUCUUUCGCAGCCUGCUUUUGAAAAGUCGCGCCAGUCUCAAGAGAUCCUUGUCAAGAUCCAAACCUCUCUGCGACGCAUGCCUGGUGUCUCUUCCAAGGAGUCCAGUGAGAUCAUCGCCCAGCUUCAAGAGGUCGGGCAGAUCGUCAGCACCGAGACGAGCCAGCUGGUCGACGCGCUCAUGAACUUGACUCUGGAUCAAGAGGAUACAGACAAGGCGAUCGCUCGUAUGAGUAUCGAGGCCAAUCUUGCUAAGGCAGAGGCCGACGAUCAGGCUCACAACUUGAGCAACCUUCGCGUUGAGCUCUCAAAUGAGAAGGAAAAGCGACAGGAGGCUGAGGCCGAGGUCGCCAAGGUUAUGGAAGAACUUCAGAAGCUCUCUCGUGAGAUCAAGUCGCUCAAAGAGAGGAGUAACGACGGUAGUUCUGAUGAUUCCAAGUCAUCUCCUGAUCGCGACGCUAUGGUCAAGCAGUUAGGAGAUACGAUCAAGCAUCUCGAGGAACAGGUCAACUCCCGUCGAUCCCUCUGGGUCAUGAAGAACCCAAGCUCUGACUCUGUGGCUCGUGCUAUCGAGAGCAUCGCCGAGUCAUGCUCUGAUAAAGAUGCGGUUCAGAAGACCAUCAUGUCAUUGCGCCCUGACGCCAAUGGGGACACCAAUUCACGCGACACCAAGUCCUCUGGACCAAGCGAGGUCGCUGUCCAGUCCCAUCGGCCUCUUUCUGCUUCGCGCUUUGGUUCUCAUAUCGUGCCUGGUCCUUCUCGUCCAACCUCGACUGCACCAAGCGAGCGUCGAUUUGGCCAGUGGGCGCCUCCUACUCCUUCGCAGACACAGUCUCGAUUUGGAACCCCAUCAUCAAAUGGCACUGGACCUCAGUCUUUGUAUGGACGCAAUCCUCCCCGCCGUGUAUUCGGCAACGGUGCUUAUCGUCCCAACGCACCUGAGUUCUACCCUCAGUCUUACGGGCAUCCCGACAAGAGUCUCGUCUCUCCCAACAAAGGAGGUCAUGGCCAGCCGCGCCAGUAUUACCCCCCUACUCCCUCGGGCGGGCGCAACAAGUACAGCCGCUUCCGGGAUCCUGUCACUAUCUCUGCCCCUGACUACACUGCCCCGCCAGGUGUGCUGACUACUCGCCCUCCUUUUCCUGGGCCUCCCAUUCACAUCACCGAUAUGACCAUCACUGCUUGGCACGAUCAGUUCACCGACCUCUACGAUUCUAUUCGCGCCUUCGUCCGUCAUCACGCUGAAAAAGCCACCUUCAUUAACCCUACUGAUCUCUCCGAUACUCGUCUGUGGCAUGUGCUCGUAGCGACCUAUCACCCUCUUUCUGAGCACGAGGCCGUCUCCUAUCUCGACUUCCAUCUCAAGGAAGGAAGCUCCAAAUCCUGCUUGGUUACUCGUGUCGUUGUCGACUACGUCGUGAACCGUGUUUGGGUUCCUCGCGCUUGGAUGGGUGCAGAGACUGAAGCCACUCAUGGCCUCGUCGAGGUUGAGAAGGAUCUUGAGCGAACUCAAGGCCAGCCAGCUGCUCGUCGUCAGCACAUUCUCGAUCGCCAGGCAAGCAUCAUUGAUUCCAUCAUGAAGUUGGACGGAUUCCAAGAGUUCAGCAAGGUUCGCUGCCGGGAGAUCUCGGAUGUGAUUCUCAACAUGAUCGAGCCACUACUCAACCCUGAAGGCGAUCCCGAGACCAUCUACAAGGAGUUGGAAAGCGUUGCUUCCGCCGCCUGGGCCCUUUCCAGUCGGAUCCUCAGCAGCCGACUGACUUUUGAUUUCCGCUUUCCCGAGAUCGGUUGCCGAUACUCUUCCCAGUCUAUGAUGCCAAUCUGGCCCGACUUCGACCCCCAGGACCUGCAGGCUGAGCACUGGCGUGUUGCUCUUGUUACCACGCCUGUUGUGACUUGCCGCAACGACACUGGUUCGAACAUCUCUGCACACUCGGUCUGCGUGGCUGAUGUCGUCUUUGCCGUCUGGGGAAGAGACCUCAUCAGCGCGUCUCAGACAUAG